GUUUGGAAAAGCAUUUGAAGGCAUUUGCAUUAAGUAAACAUAUAAGAUCGCUCGUAACAAAGUCGAUUUCCGUAAAGAACGAACGUAGGAAAUGGCGUUGAGAUCGAUCUGCCGGCUGUCAAUUGAUUCGACUUUCAGCCAUACGAGCCAUUUGCGAGCCACCGCCCGCCCGAGUCGACCGUCCUUCCUUACGUUCGUGCGAGAUUUUGCUAAAGUCGCCAAGAAAAUGAGUUUACCGCGGGUUUUCUUUGAUGUCAUCGCUGAUGACAAACCUAUGGGUCGCAUCGUUAUGGAGCUGAGGUCAGAUAUUGUCCCUAAAACGGCAGAAAAUUUCAGAGCUCUCUGCACGGGAGAGAAAGGUUUUGGUUACAAAAAUAGCAGCUUCCACAGAGUGAUCCCUAAUUUCAUGUGCCAAGGUGGUGACUUUACUAACCAUAAUGGCACUGGUGGUAAAUCGAUUUAUGGGACAAGAUUCGAAGAUGAAAACUUUGUUUUGAAACACACGGAACCCGGCCUUUUGUCUAUGGCAAAUGCUGGACCCAAUACUAACGGUAGUCAGUUUUUCAUUACGAGUGGAAAGACCAGUUGGCUCGAUGGCAGGCACGUCGUGUUUGGAAAAGUUAUAGAGGGAAUGGAUAUUGUUAAGAAGAUGGAAGCUAUGGGUUCGCAGAGUGGACAGACCACCAAAAAGCUCGUGAUACAGGAAUGUGGACAACUGUAGAUCGUUUGACUAGCUACUGUAAUGACUACAUUUUUAUUUAGCUGUUGCAAAUCUUAACGUCUUUAUUAUCCUAAUACUAUUUUUUGUCUAAAUGUCACCUUUAUUUCCAAUGCCAGUGCAUUAACCUCCUAUCAAUGAAAACAUGGCUUGCAAGUAAGAAGGUUUUGCGUCCGUUUAAUAACUUCUGCUAUUAUCCACACAUUGGGUGACGACAUACGAGCCAUUUGCAGAAAUUCAAUAAUAUAGAAUAAUACAUUUCUGGUUCUAUUUCUGCAUUUAUUUGUACGAACAUGUUUGACCUGUAUUUUUAUAAAUAAUACGUCACAUUAAACUAUGUCAAAUCCACAUUCUUCCGUAAAAUGUUGACCUAUGCAUGAUGUAUUAAAAGCAAAGUGUUCAUCUCGUGCGUUUACAGUAAUUUCAUUCUAUGUGGUUUAUUUCUGGUAAUUAUUAGAAAUUAGAUGCUUACUAUCUUCGAAUAGAAAUUUAGUAAAUAUUUGGGAAGUAUAAUGUAUUUUAAUGAUGCAUUCAUCUACAGUGUCGAUCUGUCGUAUUAAAUUUUCUAUUGUGCUUUUGCAUUUGAGUACAUAGACACGUGUUUAUAUUUUUCAGUAUACACGUCGUUUUUAUACCUAUAAAUCAUUCCUUUAUAUGAGGUGUAUUAUAAUCGAUAUUUACUUGACUGUUAGAAAACUGUAACGCAGGCAAUAAAGUGUGAGUUAUCUGGAAUUUCUUGUAGAGCACCAGCGUCGAAAAAUGUAGAUGCAACAGUUUGAAUAGUUCCGAUUUCUGUAAAAUAAAAUUGUUCUCAGAAAUCUA